AUUAUUUUUUCAAAAGCUUUGAUAAAGCCAUUCAAUGUCUGUUUCAGUGUGUCUUUGACACUUCAAAUACUGUCAUUGCUUAGACACGAUGGCUGUUUUGAAGCGUACGAACCUAUCAAUGGCAACUUCGGCAUUAUUCGGCUACACUCGGCUCCUCUGUUUCGUAACCCUCAACCGAACAUACACGUGGUAUUUUGGUAUGAAGGACGCAGAAGCUUCACAUAACUGGCUCGAAUAGUCCUUCUAUAACAGGCAAAACAGUUUACACAACGACAAUCAGUGGAAGCAUGAGAAACAUGCAGUGAUAUCGUUUUCACACAAGUUAUCUUAUGAUUGAAGAAUGCAUAUCGCCGAUUUUGCGGCAGGAUCCAUAGGAGGGGCAUGUGGUGUUGCUGUGGGAUAUCCGCUUGAUACAGUAAAGGUGAGGAUACAAACUCAGAAGCAGUUCACUGGAAUUUGGCAUUGCUUCAUAACAACGUUAUCUAAAGAAGGGGUCCAUGGCUUCUUCAAGGGGAUGUCCCUACCUGUUACCACGGUUUCCAUGACUUCCUCUGUGGUGUUUGGGAUGUACAGGAACUGCCGUCAGUGUCUCAGUCAGCUGAGGGGAGGACCAGGAACCCCAAACACCAAACCAGAAAUCUUCCUCUCCGGCCUGGCCGGGGGUGUGGCUACGGUGACAGUGAUGUCACCAGGCGACAUAGUGAAAGUCAGGCUGCAGUGUCAGACAGAGUCCAUGCGAGCCAGAAAAGGGGCCAACUUGCCCAAACCCAAGUACCGCGGCCCCGUCCACUGUCUCCUGACCAUCGUCAGAGAGGAGGGGGUACUGGGGCUCUACAGGGGAGCUCUGCCUCUCAUGCUGAGAGACGGACCGUCCUACGCCACCUACUUCCUGACUUACAGCACACUCUGUGAGUGGUUCACCCCGACUGGAAAGAAGGGACCAGAGUGGACAGGGGUGAUGCUGGCUGGCGGGGUGGCUGGUAUGACCGGCUGGACAGUGGGUACGCCCAUGGACGUGAUUAAGGCUCGCCUCCAGAUGGACGGAGCCAGGGAUAUCAAGAGAUACAAGGGCUUUGUCCACUGCAUCACAGAGACAGUCAGGAUGGAGGGGUCAGGGGUGUUCUUUAGGAGCUUGGGUAUCAACUGUCUACGUGCCUUCCCUGUCAACAUGGUGGUGUUCGCUACCUAUGAACUCCUGGUCGGCUUCCUCAGAACACAGCCUGAUGCUAUAGAACCCCCCAAACUAGAGUUUGAGUAGACACUGAGUGAUUAACCGAAAUGUUGGUUAUAUGUUGGUUAUUUUUUGUUUUUUAAACAACUAAUUGACCAAUUAGUUCAAUUAUUUUAAUUCCAUUUCAUUUUUUUUUCUGUUAGCUCAAUGCGCACAUCGCACAGUUUCUCUGGAGAUAAAUCCGAUCCCGCCUGAACUGUGCAAUGUACAGUAGUAGGGAGUUGAAAUCUCCAAUAGGUUAGAGCAUAAAACGCUGUAAUUAACUGCAAUGACCUAAAUCCAUUGCGCAGAUGACUUGAAAUUAAAUAAUACAUUUAUUCAAAUAAAACGAAUGUAAUAUAUACAACAACUGAAAUAUUUUAUUAAAGUAAUGUGAAUAAAUUAUGGUUAAUAAGUGAUAGGCAGUAAUGGGAAGUCACUACCAUCAUGGGACUUUUAUUAAUUGUUUUAUUCUGUUACAGUAUUCAACCCACAUAAUGCAUAGUGCAUUUAAUGUAUAAAAAAUAAUCAAAAUUGAAAACUGUAAUUAUUUUGUAAUAAUCUAACGGGAACCGAACCGACCUCAAAAAGCAUAAAUCGCUCGGCACUAGACACUGGACUUGUUAGACAAAUGUACCUCUCUCUCAUGAUUGUACUCCUCCUCUCUCUUGAUUGCACUCUCUCACACUCCCGGUUCGUCUCUCUGACCGUCUGUCUGACCUGUCUGACUGUGUUUUUCUCUCUCUCUCUCUCUCUCUCUCUACUCUCUAUUCUCUACUCUCUCUCUCUCUACUCUCUCUUUCUCUUCUCUCCCUCUCUCUCUCUCUCUCUCUCUCUUCUCUCUACUCUACUCUCUCUUCUCUCUCUCUCUACUCUCUCUGUCUCUCUCUCUACUCUCUCUCUCUCUCGGGUCAGUAGAGGGGUUAGAUCAGUGGUCACCAACCGGUCAAUCGUGAUCGACUGAUCGAUCCCCAAGGCAUCUCUAGCCGAUCUCCAAAUAUUUCUGUAAAAAACCCAACUCUAAAGCAUUGCGUUCCUAUUUUUUUGUAUUCCUCUUGUGCAGUUGGCUGUAGGCGCACCCGAUUCAGCUAUCCUGCGCGCCGGGAAGCCAAAGUGUUCAGAUUUUGAACCGUUUCAUGUGUCUGAAGGGACAAACUCUGUCUUCCCCACGGGCCCCAAGAGCAAAUCAAGUGCACUAAGUUUACAUACACUUAGUUUGGAUUUAAUAAAACUCAUUUUUCAACCACUCCACACAUUUCUUGUUAACAAACAAUAGUUUUGGCAAGUAGGUUAGGACAUCUAUUUCGUGCAUGACACAAGUAAUUCUUCCAACAAUUGUUUACAGACAGAU